AGUCCGUGAGUGCGGAACUGACGUAUUUCGCCAUUUGCUGACGUAGCUCUCUAACACAGUCAGUACGGAGACUUGCCAUACAAGACGGUCUCUACAAUUGCCGGUGGUGAAGGACGGCGCCAUUUUGCGACUGAGAGGCCAAACCCGCCCGUAAAAACAAUGUACCCCAACUCUUUGACACAGUUGGCGCGGGCGAACCCCUUCAGCGCACCGCUGUUCACACUGCAAAAGGUCGAGGAACCAUCAACACAGAGCCUUGUUACCAAACAUGAAGCAAACAAACGCACGCUGGCGGCGGCUGCAGUGGCAGAUUCCGACGUUAGCUGCGAGUUUGGCUCUCAGAAAUACUAUGCGCUGUGCGGCUUCGGCGGCAUCCUCAGCUGCGGGAUAACGCACACGGCUGUCGUGCCCCUCGACCUGGUCAAGUGCCGCCUGCAGGUGGACCCCAACAAGUACAAGAGCAUCUUCAGAGGUUUCUCCAUCACCAUUAAGGAGGACGGCAUGCGAGGGCUGGCAAAAGGAUGGGCUCCCACUUUCAUCGGCUACUCCAUGCAGGGUCUCUGCAAGUUUGGUUUCUACGAGGUGUUCAAGACCACCUAUGGUGACUUGAUCGGGGAGGAAAAUGCCUACCUGUGGAGGACUAGCCUCUACCUAGCUGCUUCUGCCAGUGCCGAGUUCUUUGCUGACAUCGCCCUGGCGCCCAUGGAGGCGUGUAAAGUGCGUAUCCAGACCCAGCCCGGCUAUGCCAACACCCUCCGACAGUGCGCCCCCAAGAUGUUUGCCGAGGAGGGACUCUGGGCGUUCUACAAGGGUGUGGUUCCCCUGUGGAUGAGGCAGAUCCCGUACACCAUGAUGAAGUUCGCCUGUUUUGAGAGGACUGUGGAGAUGCUCUACAAACACGUGGUGCCCAAGCCCCGCUCUGAGUGCUCCAAAUCCGAACAGCUGGUGGUCACCUUUGUGGCCGGAUACAUAGCUGGUGUGUUCUGUGCCAUCGUGUCUCACCCUGCGGACUCUGUGGUGUCGGUGCUGAACAAGGAGAGCGGCAGCAGUGCCUUGGGUGUGCUCAAGAAGCUCGGACCCCGAGGUGUGUGGAAGGGCCUGGUGGCCCGUAUCAUCAUGAUCGGUACUCUGACCGCCCUGCAGUGGUUCAUCUACGACUCCGUCAAGGUCUACUUCCGCCUGCCCCGACCCCCUCCCCCUGAGAUGCCGGAGUCCCUCAAGAAGAAGCUUGGACUUACCGAGUAGAUAAAACAAAAUGGUGGCCUUAUCAACAGAUACCAUUCAAAAUGGCGGCCUUAUCAAACAACAUCCUUAAUCUAACCCCCGCACAGCUUUACUCCUGCUCUAGAAACUACUGGUGCCUGACUGCCUUGGGCUGGGGUGCUGAUCAGCGGGACUUGGAGUCAGUUCUAGUUCAAUACCAAUUGUGGAAGUAAAACAUGUUCGCUGAACUUUUCAUCACUGAAAAUGUUAGUUUGUCAUUGGAAUUUUAGACUAUUUCCAUAAUUGUUUCAGACAGAAUUGAGGCCAACUUUGCUGGUUAUCAUGCAAACCGAGAAGAGGGUUUGGGUACCCUCCUGUGGAGGUCUAGAGGAAAGGAAAUGACACAAAUGCUAUCAGGUUUUAACACCCAACUGUAGUUUGUUAAUAAUGUUCAGAUAAAUAAAUAGAAGAAUGUGGAAA